CCUUCAAGGUCAUCAGCCAUCUUUAGUAGUCCCGGGGGUCUUUUAGAAGGUCGGACCUCCUCGCCACUAUGAAAGGGUUGGGGACCAACCGUAACAGACACCUGUCCGAAUCCUGUGAGCCUCCCUCCGGUCAUCCAGAGGCCCUCUACUCUCACAAGACCUGCACCAUCCCACGCAGCCCUUACCUGCUGAGCCCCACAAUGGACCACUACGGCACCAUGGACCCUCACCUCUAUCCUUCAGCCAACCAAGGCUCCCUUCCACCAGAGUGCAUGCUGCCACUUAACAACCAGCUGUCUAACAGCAGCACCUUCCCCAGGAUUCACUACAACUCCUACGACCAGUCUGACUUCUCCCCACCUGGAGACAGCAUCGGGGGGAUUAGCACAGGGACCAUGGGCACCUCCAUGUCAUUGGGACCGGGUAUGGGCAUGGGCAUGGCAGGGCUCAGUGGACGAACACCUAUGAUUACGAGCGGUUCAGCAACAAUAUCACAUCACAUGACAAAGAACCAGGCACCAUCCAGUUUGAUGGACUUUGAUAAGCAGCUACCUGGAGGUCGUGACGGGUUCAGCACAUUGCAGUUUCACAGAACGUCAGCUGUUGCUGCCACCAAGCAGCAAACAGACAGUCCUGGUCGCAUCCGCUACAUGCUGCACUCAGUGCAGAAGCUCUUUGCAAAGUCCCAGUCGCUGGAGAGCCAAAACAUGAAAGGAAAUGUCAAUGGACGCUCCACUGGCAGCGGUGGAGGCUCGUCUAGCACCGAAGACGGAGAGAAAAAGAAUCGAAGAUCUAAAAGUAAAGAUCGGGGUACAAAAUCAGAGGCCAAACGAAGACCACGCUCCAACAUGUCAGGCUAUUGGAGCUCAGAUGAUUUGGACAGCAGCGAUUUGAGCAGUUAUCAUAACACCAUGGCCAUGAUGACAAUGGGGCGUCCACCUGGACAUGACAGUCAUGGGGGCCAGUCCAGAUACAUCCAAAGUGGAUACAACACUAUCAGCUCCUCUAAAAGCAGCAAUGACAUGAAGUAUCAGGCACACACUGGGCCUGGGGGCGGAGGAGGUGGUGGACUAGGUGGAGCAGGAAGAAUGGCAAUAAAUGAUAAUGACUACAUGAAAGGAGGGUCCUGGUCCACACUGACCAUGGGCCAGCCGAGACCGAUGAUCCAGAAAGGCUCUGCUACUCUGGACAGAUCCAUGCUCAAGUCCAGAUCCUACCAACCUGAAAUGAACUGCAACUACCUGCAGGUUGGACGAAGGGGUGAUUGUAGUAGCACUUUAGGUCGCCCUGGGGGUGCCAAUGAAAUACCGUGUCGGCGGAUGCGCAGUGGUAGCUAUGUGAAGGCCAUGGGAGACCUGGAAGACAGCGACGACUCCGAGGGAAGUCCCAAACCUUCGCCAAAAUCCGCCGCUCGUCGCCAGAGCUACCUAAGGGCAACGCAGCAGUCUCUGAGCGACCAGCUUCCCCAACGCAACCUGAUUGGCGUGAGCAGCAGAACCCUGGAUUACACCUUGUUGCAAGGGGAGCUGGAUGCCCUGUGGUCUCCUCUCCACAGUGUGUCCUCUCUGCACCAGCUGGGCAGGUCAAUGAGCAGCUGUCUUCCAUCUCUCAGAGAGAUCUCCAAUAAUCGCAGCCUGGACAACCUAGACUGCAUUGAGGGUACAGUCUCCUCUUUGCCCCCCUGGGAUGAUGAUGACUUCAGCCAGGCCUGCAGCACCUUGGGCAGACGUAGCUGCUUGGGACAGCUACGGGACCUGGAAAUGAGUCAACAUUACGAGGACCGCAGCUCCGAGUCCACAUUCAGAGAUUCCCGUUCCCAAUCUCAGGACAACCCAGAGCCUCUAGACUUGCCCAUGCCAACAUGCUUCCGAUCCCGCAGCCACAGCUACCUGAGAGCCAUCCAGGCUGGCUGUUCACAAGAUGACGACACAGCAUCCAUGGACUCAGGCUGCUCUCCGCCCCCGAUUGACACUACUGUACGCACCUACAGCAGCAGCACUGACGACCUUUCUGCACAGUGGAUGACAUGGAAAGAACAGUUUGGCUCUUACCUGAUAGCCACUGGCUUGGACAAAGCCCCAAAGGAGAAACAGCUUGCAAUUUUUCUUCAGCGUUUGGGGACAGACAGACAACGCAUCCUACGACACAAAGUUUCCACAUGCAUCACCACCAGUAAGAAGGUCGCCCCUCCACCAGUGCCCCCCCGUACAACCUCCAAGCCCUACAUCUCUGUGACGGUGCAGAGCAGCACAGAGUCGGCCCAGGACAACUACCUGGACCAGCAGGACCGGAGGUCGGAGGUCACCAGCCAGUCGAGCCACGCUCACAGCAACUCUUCUGACAGCCUCGACAGCACCCGUGCCAACAGCCUGGCCCGGGGUAUUCCCCGCCCUCCACACAUCUUCCACACUCCCAUCGCCAUCCCCAGAGACCCAAUCGCCCCCUCCAGAAGUAACGCUUUCACUGAGACGAGUGACGCAGUCGUCCAGUAUGAAUCAUUGAGAUCAGGAUUUAACAGAGGGAAUCUAGGGGCAGAGGAGCCCCUGGUGGCACCAGUACCCAGACGGAAACUGUCCUCCAUUGGUAUACAGGUUGACUGUAUCCAGGAAGUUCAACAGGAAGAGACCCCGCCACUGGCCAGAUUUCAGUCCAUCGGAGUACAGGUGGAGGACGGGUGGCAGCUCAGUCGCUCCAGUAGCAUGGCCUCAAAACAAGAAACUGACUCCGACACACAGGACAUCCCUGUCAUCUCCCAAAUCAAUAAGGCCAAACAUUUUGAAAAGAAAGUCAUGGUCAACAGUGCCAGCCAAUCCAUGAGCUCCCCUCCAAGACAGGACCAUUUAGACAACGGAGACACUACCGGUGACAUCUCUUCCCCUCCCCCGCCAAGGCAGAUCCUCAAGCGCUCCACCACACGAAGUAGCUCUUCCUCCUUCUCAGAAAGUCUGGACCCAGCGCUGGACCCCUCAUCUCUCCCACCUCCGGACCCCUGGCUGGAGAGUGGGAAUGGUAGUAGCAGCAGCGUUCCCCAGAGCGGAGGAGCGGGGACGCUGUGUCGGAGAGACGGCCACUGGUUCCUGAAGCUGCUGCAGGCCGAGACGGGACGCAUGGAAGGCUGGUGCCAUCAGAUGGAGCAGGAGACCAAAGACAACCAGCUCUCAGAGGAGGUGCUGGGGAAGGUUCGCAGUGCAGUAGGAUGUGCCCAGCUCCUCAUCUCCCAGAAGUUCCAGCAGUUCCGGGGACUGUGCGAACAAAACUUGAAUGUGAAUGCCAACCCGCGGGCCACCGCCCAGGACCUGGCGGGCUUCUGGGACCUGCUGCAGCUCUCCAUCGAGGACAUCAGCCUCAAGUUUGACGAGCUCUACCAUCUCAAGUCCAAUGACUGGCAGCCCGUGCCGUCUGCGGCCGCCCAGUCGCCCCCUGAGCGGAAGGACGAGGAGAAGGAAACCGCUCCGGUGUCAAAGAAGCCCGGUAAGGGGCGACCAUCGCUGGGCCGUGAGAAGAGCGCAGACUCUGCAUCCACCUCUUCUUCGGCUUCAGCAGAGAAGCAGAGACACGAGGCUCGCAAGCGUCUACUGGCUGCGAAAAAGGCUGCCUCGUUUCGCCAGAACUCCGCAACAGAGAGCGCGGACAGCAUCGAAAUCUAUGUCCCUGAGGCCCAGACUCGCCUCUGAAAGAGAUUGAGAUAGGGAAGCCAUUAUGGUCGGAUCAAAGGACCGAUAAGUCGCUGAAAAACUGAGGAAAACUUUUGCAGUGCAACUGAGCUACUCUGAGUUUAUAUGGAUGGAGGUGUGGGGAGGAGAGAUGAAAUUCCCAGAGAUUGGGGGGGGGGUUGGAUUUGGGCAUUUUUGACACACACUUAUACAGUUAUAGGCUGUUCCUGGUGGCUCCAAGUGCUUAUAACGAAAAGAAAAUGACUGGACUCGACAGACUUUGAAGCGGGUGACUCCUCGUUUGAGGCUGCCAUUGAAAACCUCAGCUGAUUUUAUCAUUUCUUGUUCCUACUCUUGAUAUCAUAAAAUUGUUAAUGAAAGUAUUGUUAUAAUGACAAUUAUAUCCUAAAGAAUCUAUAUGAAGACUGUUUUAAACGUUCCUCUAACUUGGCUAUAGGAUCUAUUAAGUGGACAGAAGGCAAACAUUAAUGCUCUUCUGUCUUUCAUCGUCCUCCUCUCUUCCCAGAUCAUUGGCCAUCUUGUAGCUUUGCACAACACCGCCCUGUGGCCAUCACACACACACACACACACACACACUGCGCACAUGUCUACUGCAUCUACACACACUACAAACUCUCGCCUAUGUAUGUCUUCCUUGUAUUUAUUUGUUUAAUUUACUCAUCCUUUUGUUUUGAAUAGAAAUCCACUUUUAGAUUUGGUAAUUAUGAAUAUGUUUGGUAUGAUGAAGUUGACUUUCAGAUUUGAAGGGGUAUUUAUAUAUUUCCUAAUAAUUAGCACUUGUGUGUGUGUCCUCCAAAAUGUUAUUGUGUCAAAGAUUUAAACAAAUCUAUAAAGUUUAAAGAAUGACUUUAAAUGAAAGCACAUCACAAAUGUAAUGAUGACUUAUCAUGAGGAUCUCUUUUUCAAUCAGAAUAUCAGCACCCACAGUAAUGCUGAUUAUUAUUAUUUGUUCAACGCUUUUUAAAAAUCUCUUUUUUUAAUCUCUGUCCCAUUAACUUUUGUUUUCAAUGUGCUGUAACUUCAGAUUCGUAAAUAUUUUGGUCAGGACUUGUUCCAUCUGGUUGUUUAAUAGCUUCUUUGAGUGCUUUUAUUAACCUCACUUAGCAUUCAACUCAUACAUCUUAAAUUAAUGUAGGGCUUUUAUUGAAGUAAUGCAGCAGGCUGAGCAUGCAGGAUAACAUUAUGGAAUUUUUCAUAAGGGUCUCGCUGUUAUUUUUAUACAAUGUUUCUAUAAGUCUUUUGAUUUAUUUUGCCUCGAAUCACUCUGCGAAAUGAAUCUACGUUCCAUUAUUUUUUCCCCUUAUUGAACGUCAUUCAAAGUACCUGCACUUUUUUUAAUCCAAGAAAAGAUAUUUAAUUAAAGCAUUAAAUACAUUAGUCUUUGUGUUUUCAUCAUUUAUUAAAUGCUGCUUGUUUUUUAUUUUGUAUGGAAGACGGCAAAGCCAAAUACACUGUUUUACAUUCAUCUGACAUACUGUAUUUAAAUGUCGUCAUCUGAGAGCUAAAUGAGGAAAAUAGAGAGGAGCCUAGCCACAGCACCGCAUGUAAUACAGGUUUAACCUUUUGAUGCACAUGCCAAGAAACAACAGCCCAGCACUACAACAAUACUGACUAACUGCUUAGGAGUGACCCCUCCCCUUCUCAGCCUGGAAACUCACAUAUUCGAGUGUUUAACUUCUGACCUCUAGGGGGCAACAGUGGUUACAUUUCAAUCCAAAAUGCAAUACAUUGGAGUACACUGAAUGCAUACAAUGAAAAUACAUGCUCAUUAUGCCAACAGUCAGCCCUGCCCUGUUUUGCAUUAAGAGGACACAUUGUGUGGAUUACAUAUACAGACUCGUCUGUCUUAUUUGAUGCCAGUUCUCAAAUCAAAGAGGCCUCUUGGUUCAUGACUCAUUCCUCUUUAGGAUCUCACAGUAGAACACAUCCAACCAAAAAGUAAAUCCUGACUUGCCUUGCAUUUCCUUUAGUGGUCCGCCUGUCUUCCACUCAAAUUUGGUAACAUCCAAUUGCUAAGCAAACCUAACUUCCCUUACCUAAUUAGUUAUGUUAAACUAUUGCAGUUGCAUAGCUUUGGCUGCCGCAAUCAUCACCCACUGUGACCCAAAAAUGCAGCCUGGGGCUUUGAAUUGAAAAAGCCUGAUGACCACUAUUCUCUCUCUAUCUUGGCAAGAGCUUUCUCUUGAUGGCGGGCCUUUUGUUUGUCUGUUGUGUUUGCCAGCUGGGGAUGACUCUCAGCAAGGAAAAUGGCUCAGGGGUGUCAAUAGUCUGUUCCCUGGUUGCUGUCAAUGCCCCCCACCCCCAUCUCUAUUUUAGUAGGGUGGAUUGCAUCGUUAGCACCUGAAGGCCUUUUGUGUGACUUGAACUCAGUCGUUUACGUGAUUUAAUUUGACUGCUAGGAAAAAGUUGUGUCUGACAAGUUGUGUUUAUCCAAAAGAAGAUGUGUGUUGUCAAAUUAGGUUCCUUCCAGUUUCACCAAUUUGAGAAAAUGUUAUAGAAACAAAUUAUUGAUCUAUAUGUCACAGAUAUCAAAUAGUCAGUUGUAAAAAUUACUGCGUCUUGUGUGUGCAAGCAUGCUAGCUUAAAAUAUAUUGAAAGAACUAGAUUUGAAUCUCUAAUGCCAGAAUAUGUUUAACAUUUGAACAUUGUUUCCCCACUUGCCACAUUGUCAGGUCAAAACUAUGCUGUCUGUCACCCUUCCUCACACAAAACCUAGGUCUUCCCAACUUGAACGCAGAUCAAACACUAUGUGCCAUAAGUAGUAAGUAAAGGAGGCCAGAGAAAGUGUUCCCACAAUCUAACCAUCAAAAACUAAAAGACAAUGCUUUUGCUAGACUGCUAAAACUUGGAUGUGUAAAAUGUCAGUCCUGUCAGUGAUAUAUUCACUGAGAGAGAAGAGAGCUGAUCUCAUACAUUCAAACAAGGCUUCCCUUCAAUACACACAGAUAUCACUGGGACACACCUAGGUCUAUUUCCUAGGAAAGGUUAUACAUGAUCCAAAUGGCUGCACUGUGGGGGGAAGGGGGUGGGUUGAUGUUGGUGUAAAGCCAUUGAUUUGAGGGCGAUAAAGGUUCCUUAUAUAGGUUUGAUGCAUCUGGCCUUUGAAAGUCAAUACUGUCAAAACUGUCAUUUCAUCAUUUGCUUAAACGUCUGUUUUGGUAAAGCUUCAUUUUGAAAAGUCAAAAGGGUAUUCAACACUUGUUUUCAGCUGCACUCUAUAAUGUCUCUCCUUCAACCACAAAUAGUGAAGUUGGUAAAAUAUAUUAUCAUCCAUAAAUGCAAGAGAAAACAAGUUUAAAUGUCAAGCAAGAACUAAUCUAAAUCAUUUAUAAUGUUGCUAUGGUCAAAUUUGUAACAUAUAUACCAUGAUACAAAUGUACCUUUUAAUGUGUUGCUUUUGUUCCUUCUCACAUCACACAUAAGAAGUAAAUUCUACUGUUUAAGAUGUAUUUUUCUGCAUUCCAGGGCUGAAACAAGUUUGAUCAGUAGAGGCUACAAGAAAAGAGAGACAGUUUAAUCCCUGGAAGAGAGCAUACCUCAUUGAAUCUACUCCCAUACAGUACUCUAGGCCUGAUAGCAAAAAAAAGGCCCAGCUCAUUAGCAUCUGUGCUUUGUUCAAUUUAGGGCAUAAAACCCGGAAAGGGGUGAGGAGCAUAGCUCGUACUACGAGAGAUGUGUUAAAGCAAAAA